GGCGGUGGGUGUGUUUGGUGUCACCGGAAGGACCUCGAAACUUGUUCCUUAUGUUAGUAAUUUGGGGGAGGAAGGUUGUGACAGAUUCUGGAGACCCCCGGCGUCUGCGUUCUUGAGAUUUCCUCGGCCCUUGUCAGUUGAAGUGAGGACUUUUUAUUACAGCCAGAGUUAUGAUGCGUACAGGAUAGAUGACGCCGCCAGAGAAAUAAGGGUGGUGUCGCAGGUCAGGGGACAAGGCGAUGAUGCAUGGUCAUGGAGGCUAUGACUCAGACUUUAGCGACGAUGAACAUGGUGGACAAUCUAGCAAGAAAAAAAAGGCAGUUGAAGAUGAUUUGCUACUCAAAAAACCAUUUCAGAAAGAAAAACAUGGAAAGGUGGCCCAUAAACAAGUUGCAGCAGAAUUGCUGGAUAGGGAAGAAGCAAGAAAUAGAAGAUUUCAUCUCAUAGCAAUGGAUGCUUAUCAAAGGCAUACAAAGUUUGUAAAUGAUUAUAUUUUGUAUUAUGGUGGCAAAAAAGAAGACUUCAGGCGUUUGGGCCUUAGCAAGCGAAAUCUCCUCCCACUAACUGGAGAUAGCUGCCACCAGGGGGCAGCAGAGUGCUGUGGUCACAGAGAUGAGGCCGAUCCUGUAACGUUCUGCAGAGCUGUGGCCACCUUCCUUCUGCAACCCUCCCAACGCCUAACCCCUCCCUCCAGUUUCUACCCCUACUUUCUAACCACAACUUCCACUGCUCGCUGUUGA